AUGGAGAAAGACUGCAAAAUGAAGAAGCACAAUAGAGAGAUGAAGAAAACUAAUGGCCGCCCAUUGCAAGAUAUCAAUGGCGGGUCUAUUGCACAGAAGCCCAGCACCAAAAAACCCUCAAAUUUUUCAUCGUAUUCUUCAUCAGCUGCUCCCAAUCCUCGUCAAGCACCAAAAUUCUGUUCGAAGAAAUCUUUUCUCUCCUCAAAAACCUCUUACUUACCAUCUUCUUCACGAGCCCAGGUUCAGAAAAUUCCGAGCACGAACUCUUACAGAACAUCAAAUUCAUCAAAGCUGCUGUCCAAAUCCAAAGAAAAUGAGAUGCCUAGAAAACCCUUUUCACAAAUACCCAAAAGGGACGCACCCCAGAGCCAAAAUCUUAAAAUCAUUGCAAAACCCAUUUGCAAAAAUGGUCGAAGAUCGAAGCUUGCACCUGUUGAGAGCCAAAAAUCGAACAAAUUCGAAAAGGGGCCUUCAGAAUUUCAGUCAAAGUUGAACAAGAACUCGCAAAACAAGGGUCCAACUACUGUGAUGGUUAAUUUUUCUUCAAAUGAGGUAGAAAAAGAGAAUGAUAGUAGUUGUUGCACUGCUGUAAAAACGCCUCCGGUUGAGGCGUCACUAUCUCCCGAGAUCCAAACUCAGUCACGUUCUAAGAUUCCGGUUUCGAAAAUGGAGGCGAAGACCCCCAUUUUUUACGGUGCCGGCCAUCUCGUCUCGGGUGUCAACGAUAAAAGAAAGUGCAGGCGAAGGGGGAGCCUUAAAGGUUUUCAAAAAAUUAACCUUUUUCAUGAAAAUGGUGAUAUCUCGAUUCCUUUGCCUGCCGAGGCCUCGGUCAGGUGGGUCUUAUCCCCAUGUGACGAGGAGCGUGCGCAUUCCGAUCGUGCUUCGAAUGAAAAAGCAUCUGAUUCAGUGUGUGCUGAUAUUGGUUCUGAUAAUGAGGCGAAUAGUAUGGGUCAUUAUUCAGCAUUAUCUAUUUCUUCCUUGAGUGGUGGAAAUAUCAUCCGGACACUGAACUCGGACUCCAGCUCGGGCAAGCAAGGCGGACAUGUUCGGUCUGAAAUGGAUGCUGCAAGUAAAUCUUUGAACGAAGUGCAUAUGCCAAUGUGGGACCCUGCUAUUUUACGAGAAAGUGCAGUUAAUAGUGUUUCUUCUUCUUGGGUGUCAUUAGAUAAUUUGGCAUUGUCCCGGUUGAAAAUUUCGUGGCGAGAUGGGCUUGCAGACAAGAUUCUCGAAAAUGAUGAAUUCGAUGAUUGCUGUUGCUUGUUGUCCGAUGAGGAGGCCGAUGGGUUUUGCAGUGAAAAGAAGAUAGUAUCGUGUCUAGGCAGUGAAGAAAAGGAAUCGGGUGAUAAUAAUAAAGACAAUGGUUUUAGUAUGGAAAACGGCUCGUGUCCGGUGUUUCUCGAAUAUGAACCUCAAGUUUGUGGCAGAGGGAAAGAAAAAUCAUCGUCAAAUGGGGUUAACGUGUGUGUUGCAGAGUCUUUUUUGACUGAUGGGGGUAGCUUAGUUGCUUCUAGUGAUUCGGACUGGACUUACUGUCGUGAAAAUCACUUGUUUCAGGUAAAAAAAUAG